GUUUUUUUCAUCAUCUAACAGUUCAAUUUUGGAAAGGGUGAAGUUAGGACUAUAGUGCAGAAAAUUAUAAAAUAAUUCAAAAUGAAAUUUGUCGUUGUUUUGUCACUCGUCGUUUUUGCAGUUGCAAAUCCUAUUGAUAACAAACCAACAUCAGUGCCAAAAGCUAAUCCAGUAGACAAUAAACAACUUGCGAUUGACCCUAUUCCUUUGAACUCAGCACCUUUAUCUCCUUCAGCUGUUGAUUUUCAUCCAUUAAACAAGCGUGAUUCUCCUGUUAAGCAGGCUGAUUCACAAAAAAAACAGCCAACCUUAACAUCUCCAGUUGUUCAAAAAAUUGAUAACACAAAGACUGCUGAAAACAAUCGUAAAACUCGUGACACAGUUUCAAAAAAUUCUCAAGCUGCUACAUCAAAUGCCCAGCCUCAAAAAACAGUUGAUCCAGUAAAAACUCAAGCAGCAGACAACUCCAAGCUUGUUGAUAACAAUCGUAAAACUCGUGACACAGUCCCAAAAAAUUCUCAAACUGUUACAUCAAAUGCUAAGCCUCAAAAAACAGUUGAUCCAGUAAAAACUCAAGCAGCAGACAACACCAAGCUUGUUGAUAACAAUCGUAAAACUCGUGACACAGUUUCAAAAAAUUCUCAAGCUGCUACAUCAAAUGCCCAGCCUCAAAAAACAGUUGAUCCAGUAAAAACUCAAGCAGCAGACAACACCAAGCUUGUUGAUAACAAUCGUAAAACUCGUGACACAGUCCCAAAAAAUUCUCAAACUGUUACAUCAAAUGCUAAGCCUCAAAAAACAGUUGAUCCAGUAAAAACUCAAGCAGCAGACAACACCAAGCUUGUUGAUAACAAUCGUAAAACUCGUGACACAGUCCCAAAAAAUUCUCAAACUGUUACAUCAAAUGCUAAGCCUCAAAAAAGAGUUGAUCCAGUAAAAACUCAAGCAGCAGACAGCACCAAGCUUGUUGAUAACAAUCGUAAAACUCGUGACACAGUUCCAAAAAAUUCUCAAGCUGCUACAUCAAAUGCCCAGCCUCAAAAAACAGUUGAUCCAGUAAAAACUCAAGCAGCAGACAACACCAAGCUUAUUGAUAACAAUCGUAAAACUCGUGACACAGUCCCAAAAAAUUCUCAAACUGUUACAUCAAAUGCCCAGCCUCAAAAAACGGUUGAUCCAGUAAAAACUCAAGCAGCAGACAACACCAAGCUUAUUGAUAACAAUCGUAAAACUCGUGAAACUGUUAAAACUGACGAAGUAAAGAAAACAUUAACAGACAGUGCACAAAAAACAUCUUCAACAGUAACGAAUACUCCACAAGUUGUCCGAGUGCCUUUAACAAAUUCACGCUCAAGACGUGAUACAUCAAAGACAGCUGAUCAAUCAAAACAAGUCUCAACUGUUGCUACAAAUGUUAAGAGUGAAGCAAAAGCCAAUUCUUCUUCAACAGUCACAGUCGCUGAAACAAAACCAAAAAGAGAUACACCAACCGGGAAUUCACAAAUUCAACAGUCGGAUUAUCAAGGAGCAACUGGUUUGAAAAGACCAGUUCCGGUCGAUCAGAUUUUAAGAAGAAAACCAGCUGCAACAACAGAAUCACCAGCCCCAAUUGCCCCAGAAAGUUCUUAAUCAACUGAAUGUUAAAGAUUAAAUAAAACGAAUUCUUGGAUUAUUGCAGGUUUUCAAUCAUAUCAAUAAAGUAAUCAAAAAAAUACAUUGAAUUUCAAUUUUAUAAAAUUAUUUUUUUAUUUUUACCUUUUCAGUUUUGAAAUUUUAUAGAUAAUAAUAUAUAUGUUUACUCAUCAUGCAUUGUUUAUGCUUAAUAAUGAUUUUGUAUUCUUGAAAUUUUCUUAUCAUAUUCUACUAUUUUAUUUCUUAGAAUCUAGGAGUAAUCGUUGCAGCUCAUUUAAAUGUAUGCCUAAGUUUCAAAAUAAACCAUAAUAUUAUUUUUGAGAGACUUUUUAUGACAAUAAAUAUCUUUGGAGACAGAAGUUAAAGCAACGAAUAUUUUCUUGAAGCUACAAAGUUUUUUUUUUUCAUUCAACCCAAUUCAUUUGUUUGAUUUUUGACAACGGUUAACAAUGCUCCGAAAAUCUUAGUUUAUUCUUUAGAAAAUUCAUUAUUAUAUGGUGUCGUGGCAAAGCUAAAGAAACGGCAUCAAUCUUUGUUUCGCGAUACCUUACAACGUCGUUUAAAAAACUUGAAAAGAUUGGUGAUUUAAGUGUGCACUCUGAAAAGGUUUUUUUUUCACCACUAAUUUUUGGUGUUGAAUCAUUAAUGGUAAGAAUUGGCAACAGUUUACUUGAGAAUUCCUGUCAGUUAAUCAUUCACUUAGGGGCUGUUCACUUAUUACGUAACGUGAAAAAAUGACUUCUUAGACCCCCCCCCCCUCGUAACAAAAUUUGUAUGAAAAAAAAAUUUCCUUGUUUGAACCGUAACAAAAUCUUAGACCCCCCUUCCCCCCUAAAAGCGUUACGUAAUAAGUGAAUGGCCCCUUACGAACUAUAUUAUUAAGGAGGAGUUUGAGUUUGGAGACAUGAGAUACCUUAAAAAUAAAAACUUUUUUUAAAUUAAAAUGUGUACGGAAAUCUUUUUUUUUUUUAAAGAAGUCAUAAGCGAAUGAAUGCCAAUUAUUCUUAUUUCCCAGGACUAUUAAGGAAGAGCAUAUAACUUUUUAUACAUUAUGGAACAAAGAUUUUUCUUUGAUGCUCACGACAUUACCCACAUGAUCGUUAAAGUUUCAAUAGACAACGAAAAUUUCUUUUUAAUUGAUUUCAAUAAAUAAUUCAAUGUAGUUAAAUAACUUUUGUUAUUUGAAAUAAAUUUCUAGUCAAAUUAUAUCUAAAUGAACUGGAUAAAAUGUUUUCAUGUAUAUUCACUGAUAGUCUAUAUAAUGAUUAUAUGUAAAAUUUUAUAUGAAAUUACUUUUAUUAUAUUUAGUAAAGACAUUGAAAUCUAAGAAUUACACAAAAAAAGUAUUUUUUUUUCAUCUUACAGCAUUUCAAUUAUAUUAAAAUAUUUUCAUUUCAUCUUCCUUUUUGUCUUGAUUUGUUUCCUUAAUACUCAGAUAUGAAAUAAUUUUAAAAUUUUUUUUAUAAAAAUUUUCUUGUGUAUUUUAUCAUUCAUUUUUUUUAUUUUUAUCAUAAUCAGUUGAUUCUCUUUUCUCAUAAUAAUUUUUUAAACUUAUAAAGGAAGUAAAAUAAAUCGACUAGCAUGUUUUUUUUUUGUGAUAAAGGAAUAAUCAAGCAUGAAUAUAAAAAUAUUUAGAAAUGACAUUCUUUCAGCCUUUCAUUAUUUUACAUGACGAAAGGAUUGAAAUGAAAGUAAUGUGUUAAUUAAGAGCUCUCAAUGUACAGUUUGAAAAAAUAUUGGCAUAAAUGAUUAGUACUUGAGACAGAUGAACUGUGACUAAAAGGAGACACAUUUAGAAUAAUCAUGAUAAUUUUUUUAAAGUCCAUUCACAUAAGGUAUGGUCUUCAUAUGCUCUUUGUCAAACUAUUAGUAUGCUAAAAAUGAACACUUUUUGUCUAGCAGUGACUCGCAACGCAAAAAAAUUGGACAUUUAUAACAAUUUAUAAGUGAACGACCCUUAAACGAGAUCUUAAAAUAGUCACAAAUUAAACAUAAAUUGUGUUUGUUUGAUUAUCGUAAAACUAUGGAAAUGUAUGUAUUAUUUUGAGAGAUUUUAUGUCCCCCUCAUUAAACAUCUAUCAUGAAUAAUAAGAUAUUUGAGCAUCAAGCUUUUUUUUUUUUAUCAAACACUUAUCAUAUCAUUUCAUUCAUAAGCCUUUUUUUACUGCUACACAUUUAUUUAUCUUUAUUAAUUUAUUUGAAAUGCUUAAAUAACAUUAUCAUCAUCAUCAUCCAGAGAAGAAGAAAAAAUGAGGAAUUAAGUCAUAUUAUGAAAGACAUUUUUAUUUAAUUAUAUUAAAAACACAAAACUCAUAAUCAGUCAAUACUUUGGCCUUUUGGCAUGCAUAAUAGUUUCUAUUUGAUUAUGCAAUAUAAAGCAUGGGGGAUAUUGUAAGGUAAGGAAGUAUUAAUCAGUUUUUAAAAUAAAAUUUUGGUGAGAUGUACUGGAAAGGGGCUGUUCACUUAUGACGUGCAGGGAGGGGGGGGGGGGGG